CAAUUUAAUAAAAAUUUAUUCAGCUUCAUCAGUCGACUUCAGGCAGUUAACCUAAGUAAAAUCGAUUAGAAAUUUCUUUAGAUUCGAAUAAAAGAGUUCACUUGACUAGCUGGAAACAUGGAACCGUUGGAUGAGAAGUUGUAUCGAUGUAGUCGCUGCUUAGGGCGUUGCCUGUGGCAUGAUUUGUCACGACAGGAACAUCGUUGUCCCCAAUGCCGUAUUCCGAUCAGAACUUGUGCCAUUUGUGAUAAGAAUUUUGAGCCACGUGAGAAGGCCCAUUACUAUUGCAAACGUUGUGAUUUCUAUUUGGAGAAACAAGCAGCCAUUAAGCCGCCGCCGAUAGAGGAAGAGGCCUACGGAGAGGAAUACUCAGAGGAUAACGAGGAGGAAAUGCAUACAACAAACAAGGCUUCGGUAAUGGAACGCUGGCAGGAGAUUAAAACAGCAGCUGGCAUUGUCGAUGAUUUCUACCUCAGUGAUUGAUAAAUAAUACGAAAAGUAUAACAA